AUGUCUGAAGAGAGAAAGAUCCCAGGUCGUGCUGGAGCAGGUGGAGCAAACUUGGCACCUUUGGCGAAAUAUAAGUUGGUAUUCCUUGGGGAUCAAUCUGUGGGAAAGACAUCUAUUAUUACAAGAUUCAUGUACGACAAUUUUGACCGCCAUUACCAAGCCACUAUCGGUAUUGAUUUCUUGUCAAAGACCAUGUAUCUGGAAGACCGCACCGUUCGUCUGCAACUAUGGGACACUGCUGGACAAGAACGUUUCCGCUCGUUGAUUCCUUCGUAUAUUCGCGACUCUUCCGUGGCGGUUGUGGUAUACGACGUUAGUAAUAAGGCUUCCUUCACCAAUACUUCCAAAUGGGUUGAGGAUGUUCGAGCAGAAAGAGGGAAUGAUGUUGUUAUUUGCCUUGUAGGAAACAAGACUGAUCUUGGAAAUGAUAAGCGACAAGUCAGCACGGAAGAAGGAGAGGAGAAAGCAAAGAAGGAUGGUUUGAUGUUUAUGGAAUGCAGUGCCAAGGCGGGAUACAAUGUCAAGAGUCUGUUUCGCAAGUUGGCUACAGCACUUCCAGGAAGCCCCGACAAUGCUUCCAAGGCAGCGCCGGGAGCCUCUAACACUAUUGAUAUCAAGGUGUCAGCGACACCCGCCAAUCUCGAUGAAGCCAACAAAUGCGGUUGCUAA